AUGGAGAAACAUCCGUAUUAAAAAAAUCAAUGUGGUUUGAAGAUAGUGGUUUCACGUGUUUCAAUUUUUCGAAUAUUGUGUUAAUGUUGAAGGAAACGUGAUCCAAAUGUCAAGUAAUGUAAAUUGUAAUGAUUGUAAGAGGACAGGUUAGAAUUUAGGGUUGUUUUUGUAUUACUGUUUUCAGUACCGCAGGUUCGAGAAACUAAAACUGAACUGAGGUUCAUUUUCAACGAUUACCAUACGACCGUACUUCGCGAUUGUGUUGUUAUUUAAUUAUUUUACCGAAGUCCACGACUUUGCUCAAGGCAUCUUCUCAUACAUUUUCCUUUUGUCAGAACACUAGCGUUUAUUUUACUACAAGAAUUAUUUAGUUUUAAAAACGAAGAAAUUUUACAAGUUGAACGCCUCAACAAGAUGAGAUGUUAUUAUGAAGUACUGGGAGUAUCGCGUGAUGUAUCCUCUGAAGAUCUUAAGAAGGCAUAUCGAUUACUAGCUCUUCAGUGGCACCCAGAUAAAAAUUUGCACAGACUUCAAGAGGCAACGCAACAAUUUCAGCUGAUUCAACAAGCCUACGAAGUUUUAAUUGAUCCACAAGAAAGGGCCUGGUAUGAUCGUCAUAGAGAAGCCAUUCUGAAGGGUGGACUCGGAGAGUACAAGGACGACAGUGUGGACAUAUUUUUAUAUUUCAAUGCAUCCUGUUAUAUGGGUUAUGGUGAUGAUGAAAAGGGGUUCUACACUGUCUAUCGGGACCUGUUUGACAGAAUUGCUGCUACAGAAAAAAUGUUUAUGGAAGACGCUGAGAUACCAAGUUUUGGGGACUCUGAAAGUUCGUAUGAAGAAGUGGUGCAUCUGUUCUAUGCUUACUGGCAGAGUUUCUGCACAGCAAAGUCUUUCAUGUGGCUUGACAAAUAUGACAUCAGAGAAGCUCCAAACAGAAGGGUUUUACGGCUCAUGGAGAAAGAAAACAAAAAGAUACGAGAUCAAGCUAAAAAGCGACUAAACGAAGAAAUUAGGCAACUUGUAGCCUUUGUGAGAAAACGAGACAGAAGGGUACAAGCAUAUAGGAAAAAGUUAGAACAGAAGGCUGCAGAAAAUGUAAAAAAAUCUGAAGAACAAAGAAGGAAGCAAAUCCUUGAACGUCAAAGAGACCUAGCCAACUUUCAGGAAAGUGAGUGGUCUUCGAUGUCUAUGUUAGAAAGAGAACUAAAGGAGAUGGAAGCACACUUAGACCAACAGUUUGGACAAACUGAGGACUCUGGUGAAGAUCAGGAGGGGAGUGAUGAGAGUGAAGUUGAAGAAGGACUCUUUUGUGUCGCCUGUGACAAAGCUUUCAAGUCAGACAAAGCUUUAAGGAACCACGAAAAGUCCAAAAAGCACAGAGAAAACGUUUUACUUCUGAAGACGGCAAUGGAAGAAGAAGAUAGAGAACUAGAGCAGUUAUCAAAUAAGGACUUUGUUUCAGAUGAUGAAGAUGAGAUUGAAGUAACGGAAAUUACUACAAGCACCAGUAAAAAGAAGAAGAAAAAGCAGAAAAGAGCGACAGCUGAAAACCAGGAUGAUGAAGAUAUUAAGGAGGACGUUGAUGAAAUUCCAACAGAGCAUUUGAAUUUGGAAACAGAGUUCCAAGGUGAGCCAUCAAAAGAUACUGAAACAAGCAUUGCAGAAGAUUUUUAUCAUCAACUAUCAUCAGAUAAUAAUCUCAAAGAUAUUCAGAUGAAUAUUACAGAUCUGGAAUGUCAAGCAACGACAGAUAAUAAACUGGAAGAAACUACAAGCGGAAACAAACACCUUACAAGCAAAACGAAGAAAAAGAAGAAAGUUGAGGUUAAAACAGCAACAUCAGAAUCUACGUCUAAACAAAGUUCCACAAAGUGCAGCACGUGUGGGUCAGACUUUUCCUCUCGUAACAAGCUGUUUAACCACCUAAAAGAAACUCGUCAUGCGUCAUACAUUUCUCUAGAUACAGCAGAAUCCACCAAAGGUAGAAAGGGAAAAAAGCAGAGCAAAAGAUGACUCUGGAAUAGUCUAGCAUUUGGACAUAUUGUUAGUAAGAAUGUAAUAAACAAUUAUAUUAUUUUCUACAGUUGCAUAACUCAAGUAAUUUUGACAAGAGUGAAGUAAAACCAUCAGAAUAGCCCACAAGAUGCUGGGAUGUUUUGUGAUAUUUACACUAUGUACUACUUCCUCAGCACCUAGUUAGAAACAAUGUUAGAACUUUUCUCUAUUAUUCUGUGCUUCCAGUCAGAUAUUAAGUUGUCUCUUAUUCAUUGCCUUUUAAUAAGUGAAGAUAUCACACAGUAAAAUAAAGAGAGA